CAAUCUACAGGGCCUCAUGGCACUGGUUCAGAAUGGGAUGCAGGAUUCGGCCCGAACCGUGCGCAGUGCUGCUUGUGUGUGCCUCACGGCACUGGCCCAGCAUUGUACACCAGAAAUCACAGAGUACCACGAGACCGUUUUACCCGCCAUCAUGGGCUGUGUGCAAGACUCUGACAACGAAGUCCAGGAGCGGGCCUGCGUUGCCCUUGAGCAGUUUUUGGACAGUAUGGAGUCGGAUGUGGAGCCCUAUUUGCCCUCGAUCAUGGAUCUCCUCAACGUACUGACCGGCAUGAGCUUGGACGCCCACCAAACAGCUGUAUCUUGUUUGGGUGCGCUGGCACUGGCCUGUCCCGAGGCUUUCAGGACGUACGUCGAUCCCGUGAUGGGUCAUCUCAAGUCUCUUCUGGGUAUGCGCGAGCUGGACCAGCUUCCGUUACUCUGCCAGGCCCUGGACACAGCAGGUCUCGUGGCCUCGUGCUGCCCCCGCUCGCAGGCCGAGGCUGGAUCGGGCCACGUGCAGGACAUGUUUACUGCCGUCUUGCAGGUGAUUCGCGAAGUCGAUGAUCCCGACGUACGCGUCGCCAGCUUCACCAUGUUUGGCAGUUUUGCCCGACUUUUGGAGGAUAGCUUUGCCCCCUGCCUGCCGACCAUCAUGCCCUUGGUACUCAAUAGCACGCGUGCCGCCGGCGUCCACCGCACCGUGGUACCCCAGAUUCCAGUCUCGUUGUCAGGCCUGGGCAACGAGGACGAUGAAGAUGAUGAAGACGACGAUGGGUUUAUUGGUGCCGUGCACACUUCUGAGAUGCCUGAGGCUGAGGCGGCCAUGCAGCUCUUGGCCGCCCUGGCCAAAUUUUGCCGCCUGCACUUUGGGCCAUAUCUAGCACAAGGGUUCGAGGCUUGUGCCCGAUGCGUGGCCGAUCGCUACCAGGCUACCAUCCCAUCCCUUCUGGCCUCCACCUACAAGGCCUCGGUCGAGCUGUGUAUCACACAGAUGGCCAUUGCCCUGCAGAAUCCCGACCUGGAUGCUCAACUUUGGACGCCAAGCUUUCCUGCACAGCCACCCUUGACGGAGGAACUGCAAAGCCCCAUCUCGCACACGACAGCGCUGCUUCUGCAGGCCCUGCAGGGGGAAGAGGACAAAGAGGUGGCUUGCGAUCAGCUCGAGGCGCUGCACCGACACUUGCAAGGUUGUGGUCCCUACGCGCUUGCUGCGCCGGGACAUGUGGACGCCGUUCAGGGCCUUUUGCUGGGUUUUGUGGGUCGGCGUGCGAAAUGCCAAGUGGAGGAUUAUGAACACGAAGCCAUUGACCCUGAUGAGGACCCGGACGACGAGGAAAGCCUGGCUGAGUUGGAGAUGCUCCUGAUGGAGUACGUCGGUGAAUGCAUUGUGGCUUUGGUGAAAGCUCUGGGCCCUUCGGGCACGGCCCUUGCAACAACAUUCUUGCAGCCGCUCUCAUACUAUGUGCGACCCCGACGCGCCACUGCCCCUGAGCGAAACUUUUGCAUCGGCACGGUGGCAGAGAUGAUUGAAGGUCUGGAAUCCGGGGCCCAGCCCAUUGAGCGCGAUUUGUACACACUUAUUCAGCCCUGUCUUCGAGACAGCGACGCGGAGAUAUGUGGCAAUGCUGUUUAUGCAGCAGGUCUCUUGAUGGAGCACGGCACCGAGGCCAUCCAGUCCACAGUGCCCGAGCUAAUGGGCGUCCUUUUAGGCAUGGUGCAAGUGGCUCCUGAUGACGAGGAAGGUUUGCACGCCCGCGAUAAUGCCAUGGGGUGUGCAUCACGCAUUCUGGCCCGUCAGCAGCAAACAUCAGCACCUGCGCUCGGUCUCGAUCAGCAAGCUGCCGUACUAGCCCAGAUUGUAGAGGCGUUGCCCCUGCAACAGGAUCUGUCAGAGAAUCGCACGGUGAUGGCCAUGUUGCGCGUAGUCCGUGAGAGUGGCCGUCUCUCUGUCACUCCGCAGCAGUGGCAUGCCGUGUUGCACGCCUUGUUUAGCAUUCUCUUGACGGGCACCAAAGUUGAAAAUGAUAUUCGUGCAGCGCUGGUCGACUUUCUGCGCUUCUUGACGCAGGCAGAGCCAGACGUGUUUUCGGCUGUCGUUGGGAGUCUUAAUCAUGCCCUCCAAGAAGAGGUGCGCGCUCUCCUGCACUGAGGCCGCGCAGCACUGUACGCGCGAUGCAUGCGUCUUGUCACGUGUUGACUCCAGUCUGAGCUUGCGGAUCAGUCGCUCUUGCUUUGCGUACCGUUCACACGUGAAUGGUGCCUUACACAACGGGGGAAUAAUCGAUCUUGACUCC